CAACAGGAAGCCACUAGGAAUUAUGAUCAGUCUGGUGACCUUUUCCUCUCAUCACUUAUAUCAGAGUUAUAUUUUGAAGAAAAGUUGACCAUCCAUUCUCAGUUUCUCCUCCUUGAGAGAAGUCAUUUCAGUGCUGGUACAUUUCUAUCAGAAGAGGCAUGAUCUCUUGACUUCAGAAGGCUGGGGAGAUUUUUCAUGAGAGGUCUCCAGUUUUGAACUUGGGACUUAAGAGAAGAAGGCAAAAUAUAUAUUUUCUAAUUACACCAAUCUGAAGUGGUUUGUUACUUUGUUUGAUUUAUCUCCACCAGCAAAUUCGCAAUGAGAACUAGGACUCAGAACAGCACAACACAAGUGACAGAAUUCAUCUUAAUUGGCUUCCAACUACCUAGGCCCAUGGAAUUCUUCCUUUUUUCAUUGCUUCUGGUUGUGUUUUUCUUCACCUUAGCUGGAAACCUCAUGAUUAUCACUCUGGUAUGCAUAGACCAACACUUGAAAACCCCCAUGUAUUUCUUCCUUUUCAACCUCUCCUUUUUGGAGAUAUUUUUUGUUCUGACAAUCACACCAAAGAUGAUGAUGGAUUUAGUUUCUCAGAACAAAUCUAUCUCUUUCUUGGGCUGCAUCAGUCAAUGCUAUUCUUAUUUCUUCCUUGGUACCUGUGAAAUCAUCCUGAUUGCCGUAAUGGCCUUUGACCACUACAUUGCUAUCUGUCAUCCGUUGCGCUACACGAUCAUCAUGAAUGGACGGGUUUGUGUGAAUUUGAUAUUGGUGUGCUGGAUUGGUGCUUUCAUGAAUAAUUUUGGCCCCAUUGUUCUCCUGAGCCAACUGUCCUUCUGCAGCUCUAACGUUAUUGAUCAUUUCUUCUGUGACUAUGCUCCACUGAUAAAGCUUUCUUGCAAUGAUGUAGAUACUCUCCUGACUCUGGAAUCUACCCUCUCUCCUCUGGUGUUACUCAGCUCUUUGUGUGUAACUGUCGUCUCUUAUCUCUACAUAAUUGUGACUGUCUUGAGCAUGCAGAUCAGUGGCAGCCGUGGGAAGACUUUUUCAACCUGUGCUUCUCAUCUAACAGUCGCUUCCAUCUUCUACGGCAGUGCCAUCUUCAUGUACUCUUUGCCCAGCAAGGGUCAUUCUCGGGAUGCCCAGAAAGCUGUGGCAGUUCUAACUGCUGUGGUCACCCCAUUACUGAACCCUUUUAUUUACACUUUGAGGAAUGAGAAGGUCAAAGAUGCUUUGCGAGACUGUUUACAAAGGCACAAACGUAUUUUGUGAGAAGAAACCAUUGGAAACACUUAGCCAACCUUGGCUGAUCUCAAACAAAUCAACAUAGAGUUGGAGUUUGUUGAUACAUGGAUAAGAGAACUAUCACCUACUGCUGUAGUCUAGAUUGGGAUCUCAAAAAUACAUUCCAGAAGAGCACAGUGAAAAAAGGGCUUCUGUGCUGCUACUAGAAGAAUAGCAUGGGUAUGGCCACAGUUACAUCAGAGUUAAAUUUUGUGAAAGGUGGUUUUUAUAUUAUGAUGGAUUGUUCAGGACUUGGAAACAAUCUGUGUACAUUUUGAUGCUUUGAAAUUGUUGCAUUUCUAUUUCUGGUUGUAAUCAUGAUCUUGAAUGAAGACUAGCACUGAAAUUCU